AUGGGUAAAGUGUCCCCUAAAGAGAAAAUGUCAAAGACAUCAAAGCAGAAGAGGCGUAAUCAUGGUUCUAACAAGUACUUGAAGCCAGGUGCUCUUGCUCAGCUCCGUAAUAGCAAGGCCUCAGCAUCAAAGUCAUCUACAGAUAUUUCAAAGAACAGUGUUGAUGUUAUGGAUGAAGAGAAGACUCAUAGAGUUCCUCUUUUUCAGAGUAAACAUGCAAAUGAUACCCCUAUAAUUUUAUCCCCUGAAAAGUUCAGAUAUAAUGUGGCUGGACCAGUUGAUUUGCUCAAAGAGAAUAAUUUACAAAGAACACCCAAAACUCCACGCCCUGAAGGAAAUGUAUCAGAUUAUGACUCCAGACUCGAAUCUCUCCCAAUGGAAUUGCUGGUCAAAAUACUCUGCCACUUGCACCAUGAUCAACUAAGAGCUGUUUUCCAUGUCUCUGAAAGAGUCAGAAAGGCUGUUGUUAUAGCUCGACAAUUCCAUUUCAACUACACAACACCAGAUAGAUCUAGACAAGAAAUGUUGUGCACAUCAACACCAUUACCUACUGAACAUUGGCCUUUUGUGAGCAAGGGAGAUGGAAAAGGCAAAGUUUUGACACUACCCAACACCCCAAAAGCACCUAGGCAUGGACCCCGCCCUCCAUCCCGCCUGAAACUAACUGAAAUGCGCCAAAUUGCAGCAGUUCUGUUUCAAGAAUCAGCAUUUCCUCCUCCUAGGUACAUUGUUCCAUCUCUUUUACCAAAACCAAUCUGCAAAUCAUUUGCUUCAAAUCGGGUAUUGUUCUAUGAUGAAGAGCUUGAGCUUUGCCAGGCUGUCGCUCAGAAUAAGCUUCGUUAGUGAGUCUUCUUCAUUUGUGGCCUUCUUUUAUGUACAGUAUACCCCCCCCCCCCCCCCCCCACCAAAAAAAAAGAACUUUGAGUCUUUGAUGUGUUCUUAGGUUCUUGCCACUAGUAGGUAGGUAGGAUAAGAUGGUGAAAUUUUGAAAGUCUAUUGGGGUUGUCAUCGGCUUGAUGAUGACCUUAAGAUUUGGGUGAGUGGUAGAAUACUAUGGUUGAUAAUAUGAAAUAAUGUGUUUGGUUUUAUGUUUUGUACAUAUUGUGAGGACAAUUUGCUUUUAGGAUGU